AUGGCAACAGAUAUGAAACAGAUUAACAUUAUUUCAUUUGUAAUUAGGCUAUUGAUAAUGGUGCUGUACAACAUCAGCAUCAAUAAAACCGGACAAGCAAUAAUGCAAAGUCCAGGAGCACUGAUACCAAUAACAGACUGUCUCGGAGCUGCCGCACCUCCAGAUCUCACAUUAAAUGCUCUCCGAGUCCUGCAAAGUGUCACAUAUCAAAUACCAUCACUUGAAGUUAUGCAUUCAAUAACGUCACAGAUACAUAUGGAAGAUAUUCGGGAUUUAGCUCGUUCUGAAGAUAUUCAAACACGGGAUCAAGCUACGGCAAUCAUUAAUAAUAUUCGCAAAGCAAAUGACGAAUUUCAAUCGCAAGCACCUUCAAAAAGUGCGGGAAUCGUACCUUUCUACUGUACUAAAACAUGUAAUUAA